AUGGCAAUAACUCGAGCUUUGGAAAGCGACAAAGUUCUUUUUGAAGUAUUUUGUUUGUUUUCGCUGUGCGCAUUUGAUUCUCUACCUAUUGAGGCUGCAGUUGACUUUGUUAAAUUUCGUAACAAACAACAAAAAGAAGAAUUUAUCAGAGCUAAAAUUCUGGAAUCCACCAUGAUAACUUGCUUGUAUGAUGUUGACGGCACACCCACUUACUUAAGAGUACAUAACGUUGUUCAUGAAGUGCUUAAGUCCACUGUAACAUCACUCCUGAACCGCACACAUAAAGCUGAGUACUUUUCUGUCGCUGUUAAGAUUUUCAGUUCAUUAAUUAAAGACAACAAGAAGCUACUACUUGCAAGUGAGAGUACGUGCAUCAAGUUAAGACUAACUACCAGACAUUGUAAAGCGUUAUAUCAACAUUUCAAGACUAAUUUUACCGACACAGAAUUAACAAAUAAUGAAUUAUUCCGCUCCAUAGCACCUAGAAAUUUAAUAUCCUGGCUUUCCUCAACUGCUGAAGUCAGUCGCGACUUAAGUAAUAUAUCGGACGCUCACCUCUUUUGUACAUUAUGCUCUGAUUUUGUAAAUUAUCUUGAUGACGACCUAACAGAUAAGCUGGAAAAGGCGAAUUAUUUUCAAGUGCAAGGCCUUGUUUCCAAGGAUCUUCACCAGAUUAAUCAAGCUAAAGAAUACUAUGAGAAGUCUCUUGCCAUUAAAAAAGAGAUUUAUGGUGAACACCAUGGUGCCGUUGCGGCAAGUUACAACAACCUGGGAACUGUUUAUAGCGACCUUGGUCUGUACAAUCAGGCUAAAGAAUACCAGGAGAAGUCUCUUGCUAUUAGAAAAGAGAGUUACGGUGAACACCAUGAUGCCGUAGCGGCAAGUUACAACAACCUCGGAAAUGUUUACAGCGCCCUUGGUCAGUACAAUCAGGCUAAAGAAUACUAUGAGAAGACUCUUGCCAUUAAAAAAGAGAUUUAUGGUGAACACCAUGGUGACGUAGCGACAAGUUACAACAACCUGGCAACUGUUUACAGUGACCUUUGUCAGCACAAUCAGGCUAUAGAAUACCAUGAGAAGUCUCUUGCCAUCCGAAAAGAGAUUUUAGGGGAACACCAUGCUGCCGUAGCGAGAAGUUACAACAACCUGGGAACUAUUUACAGUGACCUUAAUCAGCACAAUCAGGCUAAAGAAUACCAUAAGAAGUCUCUUGCCAUCAGGAAAGAGAUUUAUGGUGAACACCAUGGUGGCGUAGCGACAAGUUACAGCAACCUGGCAACUGUUUACAGUCAACUUAAUCAGCACAAUCAGGCUAAAGAAUACUAUGAGAAGUCUCUUGCCAUCAGAAAAGAGAUUUAUGGUGAACACCAUGGUCAGGUAGCGGCAAGUUAUAAUAACCUGGGAACUGUUUACAGUCACCUGGGUCAGUAUAAUCAGGCUAAAGAAUACUAUGAGCAGUCUCUUGCCAUUGGAAAAAAAAUUUAUGGUGAACACAGCAGUGACGUAGCGACAAGUUACAAGAACCUGGGAACUGUUUACAGUGACCUUGGUCAGUGCAAUCAGGCCAUAGAAUACCAUGAGAAGUCUCUUGCCAUCAGAAAAGAGAUUUAUGGUGAACACCACGGUGACGUAGCGGCAAACUACAACAACCUGGGAACUGUAUAUAGUGACCUUGGUCAGUACAAUCAUGCUAAAGAAUACCAUGAGAAGUCUCUUGCUAUUAAAAAAGAGAUUUAUGGUGAACACCACAGUGCCGUAGCGACAAGUUACAACAACCUGGGAACUGUUUACAGUGACCUUAAUCAGCACAAUCAGGCUAAAGAAUACCAUCAGAAAUCUCUUGCCAUCAGUAAAGAGAUUUAUGGUGAACACCAUGGUGCCGUAGCGAGAAGUUACAACAACCUGGGACUUGUUUACAGUCACCUUGGUCAGUAUAAUCAGGCUAAAGAAUACUAUGAGAAGUCUCUUGCCAUCAAUAAAGAGAUUUAUGGUGGACUCAAUGGUGACGUAGCGACAAGUUACAACAACCUGGCAACUGUUUACAGUGAACUUAAUCAGCACAAUCAGGCUAAAGAAUCCUAUGAGAAGUCUCUUGCCAUCAGAAAAGAGAUUUAUGGUGAACACCAUGGUCAGGUAGCGGCAAGUUACAACAACCUGGGAACUGUUUACAGUCACCUUGGUCAGUAUAAUCAGGCUAGACAAUACUAUGAGAAGUCUCUUGCCAUCAAUAAAGAGAUUUAUGGCGACCACAAUGGUGACGUAGCGACAAGUUACAACAACCUGGGAACUGUUUACAGUGACCUUGGUCAGUACAAUCAGGCUAAAGAAUACUUUGAGAAGUCUCUUGCCAUGAGAAAAGAGAUUUAUGGUGAACACCAUGGUGACGUAGCGACAAGUUACAAUCACCUGGGAACUGUUUACAGUGACCUUGGUCAGUACAAUCAGGCUAAGGAAUACUAUGAGAAGUCUCUUGGCAUCAGAAACGAGAUUUAUGGUGAACACCAUGACAACGUAGCGACAAGUUACAACAACCUGGGAACUGUUUACAGUGACCUUGGUCAGUACAAUGAGGCUAAAGAAUACUAUGAGAAGUCUCUUGCCAUCAGAAAAGAGAUUUAUGGUGAACACCAUGGUGACGUAGCGACAAGUUACAACAACCUGGGAACCGUUUACAGUCACCUUGGUCAGUACUAUCAAGCUAAAGAAUACCAUGAGAAGUCUCUUGCUAUUAAAAAAGAGAUUUAUGGUGAACACCACUGUGCCGUAGCGACAAGUUACAACAACCUGGGAACUGUUUACAGUGACCUUAAUCAGCACAAUCAGGCUAAAGAAUACCAUGAGAAGUCUCUAACCAUCAGUAAAGAGAUUUAUGGUGAACACCAUGGUAGCGUAGCGACAAGUUACAACAACCUGGGAACUGUUUACAGUGACCUUGGUCAGUAUAAUCAGGCUAAGGAAGACUAUGAGAAGUCUCUUGCCAUCAACAAAGAGAUUUAUGGUGAACACAAUGGCGACGUGGCGACAAGUUACAACAACCUGGCAACUGUUUACAGUGAGCUUAAUCAGCACAAUCAGGCUAAAAAAUACUAUGAGCAGUCUCUUGUAAUCAGAAAAGAGAUUUAUGGUGAACACCAUGGUCAGGUCGCGGCAAGUUACAACAGCCUGGGAACUGUUUACAGUGACCUUGGUCAGUAUAAUCAGGCUAAAGAAUACUAUGAGAAGUCUCUUGUCAUCAGAAAAGAGAUUUAUGGUGAACACCAUGGUCAGGUCGCUGCAAGUUACAACAACCUGGGAACUGUUUACAGUCACAUUGAUCAGUACAAUCAGGCUAAAGAAUACUACGAGAAGUCUCUUGCCAUCAGGAAGGAGAUUUAUGGUGAACACCAUGGUGACGUAGCGACAAGUUACAACAACCUGGGAACUGUUUACAGUGACCUUGGUCAGUACAACCAGGCUAAAGAAUACUAUGAGAAGUCUCUUGCCAUCAGAAAAGAGAUUUAUGGUGAACACCAUGGUGACGUAGCGACAAGUUACAACAACCUGGGAACCGUUUACAGUCACCUUGAUCAGUACAAUCAGGCUAAACAAUACUACGAGAAGUCUCUUGCCAUCAGAAAAGAGAUUUACGGUGAACACCAUGGUGACGUAGCGACAAGUUACAACCACCUGGGAACUGUUUACAGUGACUUUGGUCAGUACAAUCAAGCUAAAGAAUACUAUGAGAAGUCUCUUGCCAUCAGAAAAGAGAUUUAUGGUGAACACCAUGGUGACGUAGCGACAAGUUACAGCAACCUGGGAACUGUUUUCAGUCACCUUGGUCAGUACAAUCAGGCUAAAGAAUACCAUGAGAAGUCUCUUGCCACUAGAAAAGAGAUUUAUGGUGAACACCAUUGUGCCGUAGCGAGAAGUUACAAUAACCUGGGAACUGUUUGCAGUGACCUUGGUCAGUACAAUGAGGCUAAAGAAUACUAUGAGAAGUCUCUUGCCAUCAGAAAAGAGAUUUAUGAUGAACACCAUGGUGACCUAGCGACAAGUUACAGCAACCUGGGAACUGUUUACAGUGACCUUGGUCAGUACAAUCAGGCUAAAGAAUACUAUGAGAAGUCUCUUGCUAUUAGAAAAGAGAAUUAUGGUGAGCACCAUGGUGCCGUAGCGAGAAGUUACAACAACCUGGGAACUGUUUACGGUCACCUUGGUCAGUACAAUCGGGCUAAAAAAUACCAUGAGAAGUCUCUCGCCAUUAAAAAAAUUAUUUUCGGCGAGGAGCAUUUCUCUGUAGCGAAAAGUUACUUCAACCUUGGCAAUACCUAUUGCAGCGUUAAACAGUACCCUGUUUCUCAAGAAUGCUAUGAAAAGGCUCUGAACAUUUAUAAAACGUUGUAUGGCGAGCAGCAUGCUGCUGUGAAAAGAACUUUCAACAACUUAAGAUUCGUUAAAAGGAAACAAAGACAACUUAAUCAAACUCGUAACAAAUGUUGCAUUGUGUAA